GCCGCCAUAGAUGGCCGCUCUCUCUGUAUCGUGUAGGUUUUUUUGUUUUCUUCAACAUAGCGGAUAAAUCAGACAUACACUUAUUUACACUGGAGAGUAAAAAACUUAAAUAAAAAAUCUGGGUAGUUCCUAAGACGUCGACCCUGUCUUCAAAGAGGUUCAGGCUGAAAAGUGGCACGUUCUCCGAUGGACACUCCUGAAAGCCCCACCCUGUCCCCCCAGUCACCUGAGGAAGAGAAGGGGCUGUCGGAAAACGAGCUGCUGGACUCUCCGGAGGAGGAGGAGGAUGAUGAGGAGGACAGACUGAUUUCAGACAGCGAGCUCCUCAAUGAGGAUGACCAGGACAGGCUGGAGGACGGAGAGGGAGGAGGGGACUCAGAGCUGGAGGAAGAGGAGGAGAAGGUGGUCCAGGAGCUUGUCUCUGACCCUGAGGACGAGGAGCAGGCAGGGGGAAGAUUGGAACACAUGGGGAUGGAGCAGCUGGAGGAGGAGGAUGAGGAGGAGACUGUCGUUCUGUUGGAUGGGGAUGGUCCACAGGCCAUCCAAUCAGCUGAGGAGGAUGACGAGGGCGAGGACAGAGUCAUUGAGGACACGCCCCAGUCUCCUGAUUCAGAACCGUACAGAGGAAGGCCCAGGUUCUCCCUGGCCGAAGAGGAGGAGGACGAAGGGCGAGGGAGGACUGGGAAGGAGGAAGAAGGGGACGACGGCGUGGGAUCAUCCGUGGGUGUCGAGCCCCAAGAGGGGGAGGACGAGGAGGAGGAGGACGAGGAGGACGAGAGGAACCAAAGGAGAGUGGUGGUGAUGAGGGAGAUGGAGGAGGCGUCCUCCGUGUCCAGAGAGCUGGACGAACAUGAGCUGGACUAUGACGAGGAGGUCCCCGAGGAGCCCAGCGCCCCCCAGCAGCAGCAGGAGGACGAGGAGGAGGGCGAGAGGGGUCCCGGGGAGGACGAGCAGGAGGACAGAGAGAACAAGAGCGUCAAGAAGAAGGAGAAGAAGCGCAUCCUGCCCCCGUCGCCCAAAGAGGCGAAGAGGCCCGAGGACGGCAGGGCGAUGGAGAGGGGGCGGAGGGACUCGUUCAGGGACAAAAAGAAGGACGAGGAUGACGGAGAGAUCGAUGAGGGAGAGAUCGAUGAUGAUGACCUGGAGGAGGGCGAGGUCAAAGACCCCAUGGACCGCAAGAUCAGACCUCGGCCAAUCUGUCGGUUCUUUAUUAAAGGAAACUGCACCUGGGGCAUGAGCUGCAGGUUCAUCCACCCUGGAGUGAACGACAAGGGCAACUACUCACUCAUCAGCAAGCCAGACCCCUUCUCCCCUAACGGAGCCCCGCCCGGGGGGGCACCACACGCACUCAUGCCCAACAACCCCUGGGGUGCCCCUGUGGUAGAGGAGCUGCCCCCGCCCCCCCCUCCAGUGGAGCCCCCAGUCGAGAGUGCCUGGGAGAGGGGCUUGAGGCAUGCCAAAGAGGUGUUGAAGAAGGCUACGAUACGCAAAGAGCAGGAACCGGACUUUGAGGAGAAACGCUUCAACGUGACGAUCGGGGAGGACGAACGAGACUUCGACAAAGAGAAUGACUUCUUCAGGGAGCGCAGCUACCGUAUCACGCGCGACAUCAGAGAUGAGAUUGACUUCAGAGAGCCUCUCUACGGUGGGGAACCAUACCCAGACCCAUACUAUGACUAUGAGAUGGAAGCCUUGUGGAGAGGAGGCCAGUAUGAGAACUUCAGAGUCCAGUACACAGAGCCCCCCCCUCUACCCUAUCAUUAUACUGAGCGCGAGCGCGACCCCAGAGAGCGUCAUCGGGACCGCGAGAGGGAGCGAGACCACCGCGAGAGAGAGCGCCGGCAGAGAGAGCGGGAGAGGGAGCGAGAGAGGGAGCGAGAGAAGGAAAGGAUGCGCAGGAAGGAGGAGUGGGAGAGAGACCGCUUGAAGAGAGACGAGAAGGAGAGACCGAGGGAAAGGCCGUUACGGGAGCCCAAGGAGCCCAAGGAGAAGAAGGAGAAGGAGGAGAAACCUCUGAAAGUGCCUCGCUCUCCAACAGACAUGCCCCCCAGCAGGCCCAUGGAGCCCCCUCAGAAGAAGGAGAUGGUUACCAUGGUGAAGCGGCCAGAUGAGUGGAAGGACCCCUGGCGGAGGUCCAAAUCACCACGGAGACGAUCCGGAAUGGGCUCCCCACCACAUGGGCGGAGGAGACACCGGCCCUCUGGCUCCUCUGUCUCUCUGUCCAUUUCCUCCAGGUCGUCGUCCCGCUCGUCCUCCUUCACAGGGUCGGGGUCGUCAGGGUCCCGCUCGUCCUCCUUCAGCUCCUACUCCAGCCACUCGUCCCAGCACAGCUCCUUCAGUGGCAGCCGCUCCAGGUCCAGGUCCUUCUCCUCCUCUCCCUCGCCUUCAGGCCGGAAAAUCCCCCAAAACAAACCAGAAGUCCUGCCGGUACCGGCUAAAGGACCCCCCCUGAAGCCUGACGCCCUGCCACCCCCUCGUAGGGAGAAGCCCCCCCCCCAGAAGCUCCCCAGCCCGCCUGCUCCUGGCAUGCCUGGGAAGCCCCCCAAGCCCGGGCCUGGGGAGGGGCCGGGGCCGGGGGCCAAGCCUGCCAACCCCCGGCCAGGGGCGCGCCCGCCUCAACCUCCCCGGGAGCCCGGCAAACCUGGCAACCCGAGGGAGGGCCGCAGGAAGGAGAGACUCCCGCAAGACCCACCCCGCAGGCGGACAGUGGGCGGCGGCGCGAGUGGGAGUGGCAGCAGCUUCUCAGGCUCCUCCUCCCGCUCCAGGUCUCGCUCCUCCUCCAACUCCCUCUCUCGUUCGCCCUCUGACUCGCGGAAGUCCAGAAAAUCAAGGUCUCUCAGCGUGAGCAGCGUGUCGUCGGUGUCGUCUGUGUCGUCCAGCAGCAGCUCGGUGAGGAGCGCCGACUCGGAGGACAUGUACGCCGACCUGGCCAGCCCCGUGUCCUCCGCCAGCUCCCGCUCCCCCCCUCCAGGACACCCCCACCCGCCGCCGCACCCCCGCAAGGAGCGCGGCCCGCCCCGCGAAAGAGGGCCCAACAGGGACAAAGGGAAGCCCAUUAAGAAGGAGGGCCCGUUCAGAGAGGACCGCAGGAAGAUGGACCCGUUGUCCGGCAUGCCCCCACGUGGUGCCAACCCCAUGCCCAGGUCUGGGCCGGGCGCCAGGGGCCACCCUCACCCCCAUCCCCACCAACACCCUCACCCCCACCCUCACCCCCACCCCAUGCAGCCCAACAUGGGGCCCGCGGGACCUUAUGGCUCCCAUAAGGAUAUCAAGCUCACCCUCCUCAACAAGCAGCAGGCGGACCGUGGUAACAGGAAGAGGCAUGUGCCUUCAGAAAGGCUCCCCUCCCCCCCCACCAAGCGCAUGGCCAUGUCCCCUGACAGAGGUCGGGACAGGAGGAUGCUGGGGAGACCCCCGCUCUCGCCCAGAAUGGAUCGGCCCAGGGGAGGCCCAGGCCAGCGGCCCAUGGGGGGCCCCAGGCCCAUGGGGGGCCCCAGGCCCAUGGGGGGGCCCAGGCCCAUGGGGGGCCCAAGGCCCAUGGGGGGCCCAAGGCCUAUGGGGGGCCCUCAGGGAGACAGGAAACGCCCCAUGUCUCCACCCACCAAGUCUUCUGGGAAGGGCCCGGGUCCAGCAGCAGGCAAGCCCCCAGGCCCGGGCUCUGCUCCUGGCUCCGCUCCUGGGCCCAUGCCCGGGUCCGGCUCUGGAUCCGGGCCUGGGUCAGGCAAGUCGAGCAGCACCCUGUCUCGUCGCGAGGAGUUGCUGAAACAACUGAAGGCUGUGGAGGACGCCAUCGCUCGCAAGAGAGCAAAGAUCCCUGGGAAAUAAACACCCCCCCCCCAUCUCCGCGUGGCUUGGCGGCGGCCGUGUGUGCGUUGUCCGUGGCAACGGCGAGUACCAAGGGACAAAAACGGUCACCUCCCCUACUCUUGGCCCCCACCCUCCCCCAGCACGGUCGCCUAGCGACUGAUCGGGACUUGUAUAAAGAUGGAGUCUGUCACAGUAUAAAUGGCCGCUCUUUAAUUGUUCCUAAAACAAGAUGGCUACAACCAGACUCUUUUCUGCUUGUUUGCCACCAGAGAGAGGUUGUGUGGGUUUGACGUUGCUGAGACAUGUUAGCAGCUGGGGGGUUGAUGUGCCCCCCCCCCCCCUUGCUGCUCUCCCAGUCCAGUCAGGGCAUCAGAACCAUCUUCCUGUUCUGUAUGGAUGGAUGAGUGACCACACAUGAUGCACAGUCCUAGUUCUGCAGUUUCUCGGCUGUCUGUGCCAUCUCAAUCUCUCUGUCUCUUAUGUCUUAUUUUCUGUUUGAUUUUUAUUCUCUAAAAAGACGGAAGGGGGGAGGGGAGGGAGGGGGGUGUAUUUAGACUGUCCUGCUCCACAGAUCCUAGACUGCCUGUGGGUCUGUGACUUGGGGUGCACUUGAUUUACUCUACCCACUAGGAGGAAAUGAGUUGAGCAGUCUAUAAGGUGCAAACUUUGAUGUAAAUCAAAUGCACCUCCAUUACUUAAUGUACAUGUCCUAUCCUAGUUACACAAGCAUCUGUAUACAGACUGGGAUGGAGGUCAUAAGGUCACCAACACAGGACUGUGUGUCUGUGUCUGACUAUGUUGGCUGUCACACCAUGUACAAUAAUAAAACCAGAUGUUGAAACCAGACUUUUCUUUAAGUGUAUGAUGAUUAUAGAGAACAAUUUGACUGAUGUGUAGUACCGAUUUUUUUUUUUUUUAAUCUUCUGCAUUUUUGUUUUACUUAACUCUUCUUCUCAAGCGUUUAAACUGAUGUGUUUUAUGUGUUGUGCAUUUUUAUUUGACUGACUGAGCGAUGUGAAGGGGACAUCUGAGGUUGAGAAGUGUCUGUAUUGCUUUUGUGACACGAGGCUUCUGAAUAAACUAUUUUGAUAAAGAGAGAA